AUGGCUUCCGUCCCUACCGUCGCCUCGAUUGGGCUCUGCCUCUUCUUGCUCGUGGCGGGAGUGGCUGGCGAGGACGACUUCAACUUCGGGCCGGAGAGGAAGACCCAUCUGCACUUCUUCUUCCACGACAUCCUAGCCGGACCCAACGCCACCGCCGUUGUCAUCGCGCAGGGCCCUACGUGGAACACGACCGCCGGCCGCUUCGGGCAGAUCGUCAUGAUGGAUAACCCGCUGACGGAGGGCCCCAGCCUCUCCUCCAAGCUCAUCGGCCGGGCUCAGGGCCUCUACGCAACGGCAUCGCAGGAGGAGCUCGGGCUGCUUAUGACCCUGAACUACUACUUCACCGAAGGGGUCUACAACGGCAGCACGCUCGCCAUUCUGGGGAGGAACAACAUCUUAUCCGAGAGGAGAGAGAUGUCCGUCGUCGGCGGCACAGGCUACUUCCGCCUCGCGCAGGGCUUCGCCGUCGGCAAGACGAGCUCAAUGAACUUCACGUCGGGAGACGCCGUCGUGGAGUACGACGUCUACGUCGUCCACGGGGACCGAUGA